AUGGCGGCAGACAAUCCAUUCAUGGCGGACAAUCCCUUUGCCUCUAGCAGCGUCAAUGGCACCGUGCCGGCGGCGGGGCCCUGGAACAGCACCGGCGGCGCCUGGGGCAGCAACAACGACAGCUACACCGCGCCCGUGGCAGCAGACGUGGGCGGCACCAGCAGCGUGGGCGUCGGCGGCGGCGGCAAGGCCGGCGGCAAGAAGGAGGCGGAGCUGAACAAGCGCGAGGCGGAGCUGAGCAAGCGCGAGGCGGAGCUGCGGCGGCUGGAGCUGGAGAUCCGCCAGAACCCGGGGGCCAAGAGCACCAAGAACUGGCCAAAGUUCUGCCCCGUGCUGCACCACGACAUCGCCGGCGAGAUCCCGGCGCAGUCGCAGGUCCCCGUGCGCCGCGCCUACUGGGCCUACCUGGGCCUCAUCCUGUGCCUGUUCUGGAACUUCAUGGGCGUCAGCGCGCUGCUGAUCACCGACGGCGGCGAGAUUGCGGCGUGGCUGUGGGGGGCCAUCUGGAUGGUGGGCGGCGUGCCGGGCGCCUACAUCCUGUGGUACUCGCGGCUGUACAACGCAUCCAUCAAGGACUCGGCCUUUGGCUACGCCAUCUUCUUCGCCGGCUUCUUCGCCAACCUGGCCUUCAGCGUGUGGAGCGCCGUGGGCCCGCCGUUCCUGGGGGAGAAGAGUCACACCGGCUACAUCUCCGCCAUCAACCGCAUCGGCGACAACACGGGGGUGGGCGUCAUGUACUUCAUCGGCGCCGGCUUGUGGACGCUGGAGAGCCUGUGGAGCCUGUGGGUGUACAAGCUGGUGUACCGCAGCUUCCGCGGCCACGGCAUGUCGGCGGCGCAGGUCAAGCGCGAGGCCGCGGGCCGUGCCGCGUCCUCCGCGGUGUGA